AUGUCUGAAGUCGAUACACUUGCUGACUCCGUGGCUGCGACCACUCUGACCGAUAAGCCCGAAAUCAACGGUGCUACCCCUUCCACUCAGGCAGCUGAUGCCGCGGCUGCCAGUGCAGAUGAGGGUCGUCGUCUUUACAUCGGGAAUCUCGCAUACGCGACAACCGAGGACGAGCUUAAGGAGUUCUUCAAGACCUACACUAUUGAGACCACCUCGAUCCCGGUGAACCCCCGCACCAACCGUCCCGUUGGCUAUGCAUUUGUGGAUAUCGCCACCGCCCUUGAAGCUGCUGCUGCUAUCGAGGCCCUUUCUGGCAAGGAGAUUCUUCAGCGCAAGGUGUCCGUGCAGCUUGCCCGCAAGCCCGACAUCGCCGAGCCCAAGGAAGGUGCUGCCAGUGGUGGUGAGGGUGCCGAGGCUCGCAAGCGUGCUGCUGGUCGCGGCCGUGCCCGUGGCCGUGCCCGCGGUCGUGGUGGCCGUACCGGCCGUAGCCGUGCUGCCCAGGAAGGCCAGGAAGCCACCGAGGCCCCUGCCAGCGAGACUCCUCUUGCUGACACCACCAACGAUAAGGAUACUGCCUCCAAGGCUGGUGACGCCCGCGCUGCACGCCCCCAGAAGCAGCGCGGUCCUCCCGAGGAUGGCAUUCCUUCUAAGACUAAGGUCAUGGUUGCCAACCUGCCGUACGACUUGACCGAGGACAAGCUCAAGGAGAUCUUCGCCGCCUACGAGCCCGUCUCUGCCAAGGUCGCCCUGCGUCCUAUCCCCCGUUUCAUGAUCAAGAAGUUGCAGGCUCGCAACGAGCGCCGCAAGACUCGUGGCUUCGGUUUCGUCAACCUUGCCUCCGAGGAGCUCCAGGCCAAGGCCGUCAGCGAGAUGAACGGCAAGGACAUUGAUGGUCGUGUCAUCGCCGUGAAGGUCGCCAUCGACAGCCCGGGUAAGGAAGAUGAUGAUAUUAACGCUGUGGCUGAGACUGAGGAGACUGCUGCUCCUGCUUCUGAUGCUGCCUCUGCUCCUGCUGCUGCUGCUGCUCCUGCUCCUGCUGCUGAUGCUGAUGCAGCUGGUGCGGCUGAUGCUCCCGCUCCUGCUGCUGCCAAGGAGAACACUGCUCCUUCCGUCACCACUGAGGCUUAA